AUGGAGGUGUCGACCAUGUUGUUUUUUUCUCGGCAGGUUGGGCAUGCUCUGGCACCAAUGGCAGCCCCGCACGGAAUGCCAAUUCUCCAAUGCCCUCCAGGACAAGCGCCCUGCCAAGUUCACAUGCCAAUGCCAAUGUCAGAGGCACAACCAAUUGCUCAUUCAGUGAGCGCCCAAUACCCGGGAAUGGGACAGCAAUUUGCACAUCCACCGCCUGUCCAGUAUGGAAGCCAAAUGCCUCUAGCCACUUCAUGGGAUCCACAGAUGCAUUACAUGCCGCCAAGUGCGCUGCCUUCUCAGCUGGAGCCAGCCGGCAAGCCUCAACUGCAGAAGCUGCCUGCAUGGCAGCCAGCAGCUCCAGCGGCCGCCAGCAAGUUCCCAACACAGCCCCCACAGCAGGUCUUGGUGCUCUCAAACUUUUUACAAGAGGUGCCACCACAAGUGGAGUGUCAUUUCAGAGAUGUAGACACGUUUUUCAAGCCUGUGCUCCGGCUGUGGAAGGCACCAAGAAAGCUGGAGGCACAGUUGCCAGCGGAGGUUCAAGACACUUCGCAAGCUGGGGGAAUUACAACGCUUAUGCUGCGAAAUAUUCCGGUUACUUUCAACCGAGAAUCCCUUUUGGCUGAUUUUGAUGCACGUGGCUUCCGUGGUCAAUAUGAUUUCUUCUACUUGCCCAUUGACUUCCAAACCGACAACAACCUCGGGUAUGCGUUCGUGAACCUGGUGACGCCCAUGUCAGCCGAGCGCUUCCGAAGCACCUACCAGGGUUUGGCCUUGGCGGGGGAUCGGAGCAAGAAGAUCUGUGCGGUGGCACCAGCCACGACCCAGGGAAGGGCUGCAAAUGUGGAGUACUAUAGGAACAGCAAUGUUAUGAGCAUGGAGGACAAGUACCAGCCUGUUGUGUUCGAGAAUGGGAUGCGGGCGCGGUUUCCUGCACCCACCAAGGCUGUGAAGCCGAUCCGCUACCGAGAGAGCAGGGGCGUGGUUCCAGAAUGA